AUUAUAUGACAAACUGAAGUCUGAACUGACAAAUGUUAAUGUUUAAGUUCCAACUUCCAUGCCAGUUUGCCAUGUGUUUAUUGUUUAUCAUUUGUAAUUCUUUUUAGGCUUAAAAAUGAAAGUAAUACGAAGAACUCAACCUAAUAUAUUGAUUACCGGUACUCCGGGUGUCGGCAAAUCUACAAUUUCCCGUCUACUCUCGGAGAAAGCAAAGUUUUCAUGGAGAGAAGUAUCUAAGCUUGCUGAAGAGUACAAUUGCUUAGAUGAGUAUGAUCCAGAUUACCAAUGCCCAUUUCUGAAUGAAGAUAAGUUGUUAGACAUAAUGGAAGGUAUGAUGGCAAAAGGAGGUAACAUUGUUGACUAUCAUGGCUGUGAGUUCUUUCCGGAGAGAUGGUUUGAUGGAGUCUUUGUCAUAAGAACAAAUAACACUGCACUGUAUGAUAGAUUAUCAGCUAGAGGUUACACUGGAAAAAAAUUAGAAGAUAAUAUACAAUGUGAAAUAUUUGAGACAUUGCUGGAAGAGGCACAGUCAUCAUACAAAUCAGAGAUUGUUCAACAACUACAAAAUAACACUGAAGAUCAGUUGCAUUCCAAUGUUAAUACAAUUGUCGAGUGGAUAGAGAGAUGGAAAGAGGAAAAUAUAUAAUGAAAGAUUUUAUUAUAAUUAUUUUUUAAAUCUUAUAAUAUAAUGAGCAUAGGCAUGCUUUAACCAGUGGAUAGAACAUGAGGAUCUAAUCAGAUUCCUUUUAGUAAAUAUUUCCAUUCUACUUCCACUUAAGUAUUUUGCAAUAUCAUAGCUCUACAACAGUGAACAAAUUCAUAAAAAUAAAAAUGCAUAUUGCAUCAAUUUUACAUUUCUUGGAUAAUGACUCUUAAGAACUGUUCUUCUACACAAAUAAAGACAGUUCACAAAUGCAAAUGAAAAAUUAAAUUAUAAUUUUAAUCUGUA